CCACGCGGAUGCGGAAGUGCGGAAUCGUUGUUUUGCUAAACAAGCGACUACAUUCAGCUGAGCUUCUGCUGCUAAUAUCGUUUUUUGUGACCGGUAACAAGUAAACAACACUCAUGGUCAGGAUGGCAGAGAAGCACUGCCUGGAGGGCCAGGUGUACUCAGUGCCUCUCAUCCAGCCAGACCUAAGGAGAGAGGAGGCUGUUCAACAGAUAGCAGAUGCAUUGCUGUACUUGGAGACCAUAUCUACAGACAUUUUCAGAAGAGUGUCUGAGAGCGUAGAGAAGAACCGCCACCAGUUGCAGAGCGUCACUGACCGCAUCAGACUCGCUCAGGCUCGUGUUGACAAGAUUAAAGGCAGUAAGAAGGCCACCAAGGUUUUCUCCAGUGCCAAGUACCCAGCCCCUGAUCGACUUCAGGACUACUCUUCUAUCUUUACCGGGGCUACAGACCCGUCUUCACAAACCCGCCCGCGACACAGGAUACAGAAUAAAAUUCGACCUUUUGAUGAGAAGGCCUUCCAGGAGAAGUUAAUGUAUUUCCCAGUGUGUGUGAGCAAUAAGAAGAAGUCUGAGGAUGAGACAGAAGAGGGAUUGGGCAGUCUGCCACGUAACAUCUCAUCUGUCAGCUCUCUGUUGCUCUUUAAUACCACCGAGAAUCUAUAUAAGAAGUAUGUGUUCCUUGAUCCUCUGGCGGGAGCAGUGACAAAAACGCAUACAACACUCGAGACGGAAAAAGAAGAGAAACCAUUUGAUGCUCCCUUGUCUAUAACAAAGAGAGAGCAACUGGAGAGACAGACAGCAGAGAGUUAUUUCUAUGUGCCAGAUCUGGGUCAGGUGCCUGAGAUAGAUGUGCCGUCCUACCUGCCUGACCUGCCGGGUAUCGCAGACGAUCUGUCCUACAGUGCGGACCUCGGGCCUGGAUUUGCCCCGUCGGGACCCACACACAACAUCCCUGAAUUGCCUUCCUUCACUGAGGAGAGCAACACAUCAGGAACUGAGCUCCAGCCUACUGCUCCACCACCUCCUCCGCCUCCCCCUCCCCCUCCUCCCCCCGAGCCUGCCCUCCCUCCUCCUACUCCUGCAGGAGCUCCCCCUCCACCACCUCCACCUCCACCCCCUCCUCUAGCAGAAACCACCACAGACGCCCCACGAGAGCAAAGUUCAGGCCCCGUGUCCGGAGCUCCCAGCGAGGUGGUCCAGCCAUCAGACGGCCGCGCCAGUCUGCUGGAGUCCAUCCGCAACGCCGGCGGCAUCGGCAAAGCCAAGUUACGCAACGUGAAAGAGCGAAAGAUGGAGAAGAAGAAGCAAAAGGAGCAAGAGCAAGCAGUCGGAGUGGCAUCCAGUGGUGGAGACUUCAUGUCUGAUCUCUUCAAUAAACUUGCCAUGCGAAGAAAAGGCAUAUCUGGUAAGGGCCCCGCAGGUGGGGAGUCGGGUGACGCUCCCUCUGGCACUGGUGGUGCAUUUGCCAGGAUGUCAGAUGUCAUCCCUCCACUUCCCGCCCCACAGCCAACAGCAGACGAUGACGACUGGGAAGCGUAACAUCAUGGACAGUGUACAGUUGGGAUACUGAAGGCUUUUGAUAGCUUUUGAUAAUUUUGUGUAGAAAAGAUUUUCCUCCUAUCACUUAAAAAUACUAGAAAAAGUGUUUGACAAAUUAAAUUUGUCAGUGUAAAAUGGGCAAUAGAUGGCCUCAUAACGCCACUAAAAACAAGUGCAGUAGUUUGUCUAGACAGCUAAACAAUGCAUCACUGACACUGAAAUAAUAAAACCAUUUAUUGAUGAUGACAUUCAUCCAUUGUUAAAACUGUUUUUAUAACAUUAAGCAAGCUUAUCAUUAGAUACAACGGAUCAUUAGAACACUCAUUGAGAUGAUGGAACUGAUGAACAAGUGAGCUUUUGCAUCACAUGAGACUUGCCAGUGAAAUUCUUUAAAUAUUCAAAACUCCGAGAGUAAAUCGGUCACAUGUAUGCCUACACCAGUGCUGUGCCUGAUAUCUUGUGUAGUAGCUCUUUCGGUAAUGCAUUUCAACAUACUGCGUUUAAAAAUAGAUGAGAAGCUAUUUUCUUUUUCCGUCAUCCAGACUGAAAACAAUGCCUCUUCAGUCUUUGCAGUGUGCUAUCAGACACUCAUCAGAUAUGUUACCAGGCCAAAACAGAACAAGAUGCAGGGAGCAUCUAAAAAGGUGGAAUGUGAAAUGAAGCGUGGAAAAACUGCCGUCCUGGUUGAUGGUUGAACCAGCAGCACUCACAAGGGUGCAAAAUGUUUCAGAAUGUAAAUAUAAUGCAACUAUGAAAAGGCUGUGAUUGUGAACUUUUUACAUUUCUGACAGUAUUUUUAUGAGAGCACAUUCAAUUCCUCUGCUGUUGCACUUCAAUUUUCCCCCAAAUUCUUCCCGACCUGGGUCUCUUGGGGCGUUAAAGUUUAAUGUUGAGCACUUGGGAGAUGUCAGUCGAGCCCUUUGGGAGAGAAACUACAGUUGCUUCUGCUUCUUUUCCACGAAGAACUAGGAAAGAAUAAUUUACAGACGAAAUCUGAAUAAAUUUCAAGUGUUUGUCAUGA